GUUCCCACCUAUGAGUGAGAACAUGUGGUGUUUGGUAAGAUAGUCUCUUGUUGAUGGGCUUUGAAAUUUUGUAAAAUUUUUUUCUCUGCUCUGACUUAUCUCUUCCCUUUUUGCAGUGACUGAUAACUGCUUGAAAUCCUGCAGGGGAUUGUAAAUUGGUAGUCUUAAAACUUUCCAGUACAUCAUUAAUAAUCUAGAGAGGUUUUGAUAAUGAGACAGCAAGGGGCCAAGAUGUAUCUCAAGCCCUUUGUAUCCCAGUAUGGUCAGAUAAAGACGCUUGGGCUCCACUAGAGACCAACUGAGUCCUAAAGGGGAGAAUUAAAUGAACACAUAGACUUACUGAUUGUGUGAGGAUGCGAUCUGACUGAAAAACAAGCAAAGAUAUUUUUUAUUACCCCCUUCUUGUUUCUUUUCUUUUCCUACUCAUUUUUUUUUUCUAUUGGCAAAUUUACUAGUGAUAUACUUGCUUCAACUGUUUUUGUUUUUGUUUUUUUAAAUCAAAGGCACUAGAAAUUUCCAGAAAACUAAUUAUCAGCUGGUUGAAUUCUGGACAAUGGGAAAACAAAAGGCUGAGAAAAUAGAACUUCAAGUUCCAUGUUGCAUCUCAAGUUCCAAUAGGCAUCAAUGGACUUGAUAAGUGCACCACAGAGAAACAAAUAACUGACUAAUUGCCUGUAUAGAUGACUUAUCUAGAAAGCAGAAAUGGAUCUAUAUCAUUUUCCUCUCAUUUUUUUUCCUUCUGCAUGGGAAAUUCCUAAUUAACAUUCUUUAGAGUCAUGUAGAAACAUUUUUCUCUGUUUAUUUUUUAUGCAGGUCAGUGAAUGUUCUAGAAACUUAUUAAUAAUGUAUUUAUGCCUUUCUGCCCAUGGAUGCUAUGGAAGAAGCAUCGUUAAAGUCUCUCUUCUCCCGGCCGUCUUGUCUAAGUCAGAGUCUCCUAAAGAGCCGGAACAGCUGAGGAAGCUCUUCAUUGGAGGAUUGAGCUUUGAAACAACUGAUGAGAGCCUGAGGAGCCAUUUUGAGCAAUGAGGAAUACUCCUGGACUGUGUGGUCAUGAGAGAUCCAAACACCAAUCGCUCCAGGGACUUUGGGUUUGUCACAUAUGCCACUGUGGAGGAGGUAGAUGCAGCCAUGAAUGCAAGGCCAUACAAGGUGGAUGGAAGAGUUGUGGAACCAAAGAGAACUGUCACAAGAGAAGAUUCUCAAAGACCAGGUGCCCACUUAACUGUGAUAAAGAUGUUUGUUGGUGGCAUUAAAGAAGACACUGAAGAGCAUCAACUAAGAGAUGAUUUUGAACAGUUUGGAAAAAUUGAAGUGAUUGAAAUCAUGACUGACCGAGGUGGUGGCAAGAAAAGGGGCUUUGCCUUUGUAACCUUUGAUGACUAUGACUCCAUGGAUAAGACUGUCAUUCAGAAAUACCAUACUAUGAAUAGCCACAACUGUGAAGUUAGAAAAGCCCUGUCAAAGCAAGAGAUGGCUAGUGCUCCAUCCAGCCAAAGAGGUCGAAGUGGUUCUGGAAACUUUGGUGGUGGUUGUGGAGGUGGUUUUGGUGGGAAUGACAGCUUUGGUCAUGGAGGAAUCUUUAGUGGUCGUGGUGGAUUUGAUGGCAGCCAUGGUGGUGGUGGAUAUGGUGGCAGUGGGGAUGGAUAUAAUGGAUUUGGUAAUGAUGGAAGCAAUUUUGGAGGUGGUGGAAGCUACAAUGAUUUUGGCAAUUACAACAAUCAGCCUUCAAAUUUUGGACCCGCAAAGGGAGGAAACUUUGGAGGCAGAAGCUCUGGCCCCUAUGGUGGUGGAUGCCAAUACUUUGCAAAACCAUGAAGCCGAAGUGGUUAUGGUGGUUCCAGUAGCAGCAGUAGCUAUGGCAGUGGCAGAAGAUUUUAAUUAGGAAACAAAGCUUAGUAGGAGAGGAGAGCCAGAGAAGUGACAGGGAAGGUAUAGGUUACAACAGAUUUGUGAACUCAGCCAAGCACAAUGGUGGCAGGGUCUAGCUGGUACAAAGAAGAUAUAUUUUAGACAAAUACUCAUGUGUGUGGGCAAAAAACUCAAGGACUGUAUUUGUGAUUAAUUGUAUAACAGGUUAUUUUAGUUUCCGUUCUGUGGAAAGUGUAAAGCAAUCCAACAAAGGGUUUUGAUGUAGAUUUUUUUUUUUUUUUUGCACCCAUGCUGUUGAUUGCUAAAUGCAAUAGUCUGAUUGUGAUGCUGAAAAAAAAAAUAAUGUAUUUGUGUUUUGAGUAAUGGAAAAAUAAGGGACCAAGGAAAUUGGAAGUUUAUCAUAUCACAAUGUGAAUGCAUACAUUUUGGCUUAAGAUAUGUUAGACACUACUGGAGACAAUUGAGUUUCAAUCAUGAAGGGAAAUAGUCAAACUCACAAGAAGAUCCAAUAGCUGAAAAACAAAGAGAUAAAUCAAUGUGUACAGGCUGCUGAAAGAGGAGCUAGUUUUUGUACUACUUUCCUGAAAGGAAAUAUCAGAAAUGGCAAUGGAAGAAACAUCCUUCUUAGGGCAGAGGCAUAGAGCUCUGUGCUGGGGAAUAUACAAUAUACCUGCCACCAUGCCUUGUGGGGAUUCUGCCUUCUGCUUAGUAUAGGAGGCUGUAGGAAAGGGAGAUGAUUUAUCUCUUCCCUUUUUGCAGUAAGUGGUUACUGCUGGAAAUCCUGCAGGGGAUUGGUAAUUUCUUUAAACUGUGCUGCCUUUACCUUUCUUCUCCCUAUUUCUGCCAUUCUGUGAAAGCUUUCAUUUAUUCAUACAAAUAUCCUUCCCUUCCCUUGUUGACAAGUCACUAUAAACUUAGGGUAGUUUCUGAAGUAUAUCUCUCUCUUUUGGGUUGAUCAGUGGGUUUGGUAUUCUCCUUUAUUCAUUCCUUUUAGGGGUGGAGCAGCAGCUAAAUAGUGGAAUAAGCAAAAGAGAUGAAGGAAUAUGAGUUUCUACACACACAAGACAGAAAUGAACAGAGAGGAAAAGUAUGCUAGGCCCUAUAAUAGGCAUGGGACUUAACCAGUCAUUACUGAAGUUUCAGCUGGUGGUAAGAAACAGAAGGAACACACAAUGGAGAAAUCAACAUGUGUAGAACCAAGUGAAUUCAGUUCUCCCUUGAUAGGCUCAAAGAGGGUAACUGCAGAGAGGAUAUGGGGGGCGCUAAAAUCUGACAGCUCAGUGCAUGUCCAGUCUUACGUGCCUUACUUUGUGCUUUGUAGCCUCAGACCUGUUUCUGCUGGUCUGAGGCAGGAGAUUAGUUAUAAAGUGAUAAAGUGAGGCUUUAUUCUUCCUUCUUAUUUCACUCAGCGACAGUAAAUGCUUGAAACACUUCUAGAGGUUCAUAAUGUCUUAAACUUGUACUUCUAUGUACUUUUGUCAGUCUCCUUUUCUUUUUCGUUUAUUUUCUUUCUUUCUUUUUGAGGCAGAAUCUUGCUCUGUUACC